CCGGUGACCCCCUCAGCCUCAACGCUUCGAUUGGCUAACAUCAUUCAUUCAAAACCCUAAAUUAUUGUAUAAACCAUGCUUGAAGGCUCCAAUUUCAAAAUUUGAACUUGGCGCUCUUCACUUUUCAAUCUCCGUUUUUUUUUAAAAUUAUUUGUCUCAUCGAUCUCUCAAAAGCAAACAAUUCCUUCUCUCAAUUCUGAUCUUUAAUUGAUUCUAAACACAUCCCAAUAAUGGGUGGCGCUCACAGUCGCGAAGAUCUUGAUAUCUCAGACUCGGAUGCAGAAGACGAAGAACAGGAAGGUGAAGAAGAGGAGGAAGACUACCAAGAUUCCAAAGAUGACACCCCUGACAGAUCAUCAGGUCGCAGGGCCAAAACUCCUUCAUCUCUUGAUGAAGUAGAGGCCAAACUCAAAGCUUUGAAGCUCAAAUACCCGUCAAGCCAGAACCCUUCUGUCAAAAAUGCUGUGAGGCUUUACCUUCACGUCGGUGCAAACACACCCAAAUCCAAAUGGAUCACAUCAGAGAAGUUUGCAUCUUACUCUUUCGUCAAGACAUCAAAACUAGACGGUCAAGAAGAGGAAGACGAAGACGAGGAUGAUGAAGAUGCUGGAGAAGGAGAAUCUUGGUGGGUCCUGAAGGUUGGUUCUAAGAUUCGAGUGAAAGUGUCGGAAGAGACGUAUUUGAAGACCUUUCCAGAACAACGUCGAGUUGAUUUUGUUGCUCAAGGUGUUUGGGCUAUGAAAUUUUUUUCUGAUGAGGAUUAUAAAGGUUUCGUAACCAAGUAUAAUGAUUGUUUGUUUGAGAACGUAUAUGGGUUUGAAUCAAACGAAGUCAACAAAGUUAAGGUAUAUGGGAAAGAUUUUAUUGGGUGGGCAAACCCUGAAAUCGCCGAUGAUUCAAUGUGGGAAGAUGCUGACGAUAGUUUACUGAAAAGCCCCGAAGCUUCAACGCCAGUUCGGGCAAGUCAGGAUUUGAGACAGGAAUUUGAAGAGGCAGCGAAUGAUGGCAUACAAAGCUUGGCGCUGGGUGCUUUGGAUAACAGUUUCUUGGUGGGUAAUUCUGGUAUUCAGGUUGUUAAGAAUUUCAGUCACGGGAUUCAUGGAAAAGGUGUGUAUGUGAAUUUUGAUACGGAGAGUUAUAGAAGUGGCUCGAGUUUGGUUCAUUCAACACCCAAAAAGGCUCUUCUUAUGAGGGCUGAGACUAAUAUGCUGCUCAUGAGCCCCAUGGAUGUAAAGAAACCUCAUUCUACUGGACUCCAUCAGCUUGAUAUUGAAACCGGUAAAAUUGUUACAGAGUGGAGAUUUGAGAAGGAUGGAGUGGAUAUCACCAUGAGGGAUAUUGCAAAUGAUAGCAAAGGAGCCCAACUGGACCCAUCUGGAUCAACGUUUUUGGGGCUGGAUGAUAACAGACUUUGCAGGUGGGACAUGCGUGAUCGGAAAGGCAUGGUUCAAAAUCUUGCGACUGCCGAUACCCCUGUUUUGAAUUGGGCCCAAGGACAUCAAUUUUCCAGAGGGACUAACUUCCAAUGCUUUGCAUCGACUGGUGAUGGCUCAAUAGUUGUUGGGUCUCUCGAUGGGAAGAUCAGACUCUACUCUAGCAAUUCAAUGAGACAGGCAAAGACAGCUUUUCCUGGUCUUGGUUCACCUAUCACUCAUGUGGAUGUUACCUUUGAUGGGAAAUGGAUAUUGGGUACAACUGACACAUAUUUGAUUCUCAUCUGCACGCUUUUUACUGACAAAGAUGGUAAGAUGAAGACUGGCUUUAAUGGCCGUAUGGGAAAUAGAAUUGCAGCUCCACGAUUGUUGAAGUUGUCUCCCUUAGAUUCGCAGUUAGCCGGAGUUAAUAACAAGUUCCGUAGUGCUCAGUUUUCGUGGGUCACAGAAAAUGGGAAGCAGGAGCGCCAUUUGGUUGCAACAGUGGGCAAGUUCAGUGUCAUAUGGAACUUUCAACAGGUCAAGAAUGGGUCUCAUGAAUGCUACCGUAAUCAAGAAGGUCUGAAGAGCUGCUACUGUUACAAGAUAGUUCUAAAGGAUGACUCAAUUGUCGAUAGUCGUUUCAUGCACGAUAAAUUUGCAGUCACUGAUUCUCCCGAUGCCCCACUGGUGAUUGCAACGCCAUUGAAAGUCAGCUCCUUCAGCAUGUCUAGCAGGCGAUGACAUGCUGGGAUGUCACCCUAGUCAUGACCACUUUAUUUUUAGAUUUUUGAAGAACUUGUCCACUGUGUUUUUAGAUCUCUGUUUCAUUAGGUUUGUAGUCGUGCUGCAGAUAAAUCUGUUGUUGUGUCAAGUACUUUGGGUGAUUCCCAACUCAAGCUUUUCAAUUUGGUUGUUUAGUUAUUACUGAAAGCAGAUAUUGCUUUCUCUUCUCUGUAUGAAAAGAAUUUAUGUAGAGACUCUCUUAGUGCAAGAUAAA